AUGCCGCUCAUAUCUCUUACGGGUGAAUUACUCUGUACCAGCAACAAGCAACAGGAUUCGUCUUUGCCUGGCAUCAUGCUUAUUAUUGGAUUCCUAUGCGGCUUUGGCUAUCAAGUACCGUUCCUUCAUUUGAAAGUGGUUACCAACGUGCAUCCAUGUAUGUAUUCCUCUGCAUCAAGUAAGUAUGCUAUCUUUGAUCGUGCCAAGAUUACACGUCUUUUGACACCAUAUGACUACCAGGCAUCGUUCCUUCGCUUCAAAUCUCAAUACCAACGUACCGCAUACCUUGCAGGUGGAUCAUUGGCAACAUUGAGCUUCGUUUGGGUGUCUCCACGUUUUUGUGUGUAUGACAAUCAUGGCAAAUUAUAUGGUUCCAAGCCUGCUUGA